AUGGUCAAGUGGAAAAAAUCCUUCAACGUCAAAGAAUUUUUUGGAACUCCAACAUUUUGGAUGAUAACAACAGGAGCCUGGGCGUUUAAUUUUAAGAAAUACUUACCAAACUUCUUGCAUUUUUCCGCGCCUACCCUUGAAAAUCUCUUUCGCAUCUUCGUUGCUGCCGUUUUGAUCCAUAUCGAAUUCGUUCUUGCCGUCACUGCUUACCAAGUGAACGAAAAAGAAGGAGCUUUCGCAGCUUUCAUGUUUAUUUUUAACAUUCUCAUCUACUUGUGGGUGUGCAUCGUGAAUACUUUUUACGCGACACAAAUCGAGAACAUCAAAAGUUUCUUUCCUUUCGUCAAUAAGGGCUUUCGACAACGAAGUGCGCCCGGAUUGACUUAUGUAACUGUUGAACCUGGCUUUAAAUCGUCUGUGCGUUUUCAGAAUAAAUGGACUUGGGCAUGUACGUUGACGGGAAGCUCUUAUGCCUUGAUUCCGCUGAUGAACGGAAGCUUUCAACUCCCAAUUCCGACAUGGUAUCCCAUUGAUUUGACAGUUGGGCAUCGAUUUUUGGUCGUUUUUUUGAUUCAAACGUUCGCACAAAUGUGGCUGGGAAUGAUUUUUGGCAAUGCGAUGGGAUAUGUCUUUUAUGUUUAUUCACUUUUCAUCUCGCAAUUGGAUAUUUUGUGUGCAAGUGUCAAAAAUAUUCCGUAUACGGCACUUAUUAAAGCUGGAAUUGAUAAAAGAUUGCUCAAGAAGUUACAAGAAGAAUACAAAAACACUCCUCAGGAACUAAAUCAGUUUAGCGAUUCAAACGACAUUGAACUUUUUGAAGAUUUAGAUGAUCUUGAGCUGAAAACUGAUCCUUUAAAGACAUUUAAGGACUUUCAACUCACCCCAGACUUGUUCAAAGACCCAAAAGUUGUCAAAUGUUUGAAGGAAGCGAUUCAAGAUUGUGUCGAUCAUCACACAAUGCUCUUGGAUUUGCUGAAAAAAUACGAAAAACAAAUAAGUUUCUUCAUGUUGCUCAAACUUGGAGACAUCAACUUACUUUUGACCAUCAUUUUGUUCGCUUUUACGAUAUCCAAGGACAGUGCAGCACGAUUGGUCUUAGGUGCAUACCUAACAAUUCCAUUUUCGGAGCUACUCAUCCUCUCAUAUGUCGGUCAAGUGCUCACUUUACAAAGUUCGAGGAUUAUUGAUGCCGUUAUCAACUCCCCAUGGCACUUAUAUAUGGUUCCUGUGAAGAAAGAGUUGUCGAUCAUGUUAGCUCGCGGUGCAAAGCCUUACGUUUUAACAGCGGGACGGUUGUUAAACAUUUCCACAGGAACUUUUAUUGCGGUUGUUCGGACGUCAUUCUCGUACUACACGUUGCUCGUUCAGCUGAACAAAAGAUCAUAA